AAUUGCCCACAUAACUCACCAAGACCACCAGACAUGAAGCUUCACGUCGUGGCAGCCAUCCUGCUGGCCGUGGCCGCGUCGUCGUCGCCGCCGCCCGCCGCCGCCGUCACCUACGAGGUGAGCAACGAGGCGGCGAGCACCGCCGGCGGCCAGCGGUUCGACCGGGAGUACGGCGCCGGGUACGCCAAGCAGGUGCUCGCCGCCGCCUCCUCCUUCACCUGGAGCAUCUUCAGCCAGCCGAGCGCCGCCGACCGGAGGCCCGUCGACGCCGUCGUCCUCGCCGUCCGCGACGUCGACGGCAUCGCCUCCACCAGCGGCAACACCAUCACGCUCGGCGCCGGCUACGUCGCCGGCGUCACCGGCAACGACUUCAAGACGCAGGUGACCGGAGUGUUGUACCAUGAGGUGGUGCACGUGUGGCAGUGGGGGCUGCAGGAUUACGGGGCGCAUUCGUGGGUGUACGAGGGGAUCGCCGACUUUGUGCGGCUGCGCGCCGGCUACCCAGCGGCUGGUUGGGUGCAGCCGGGGCAAGGGAACAGCUGGGAGGACAGCUACUCCGUGACGGCGAGGUUCUUCGACUACUGCGACAGCGUCAAGCCAGGGUUCGUUGCCGACCUGAACGCUAAGCUGAAGAAUGGGUACAACGUCGACUACUUCGUGCAGAUCACCGGGAAGACCGUGCAGCAGCUGUGGCAGGAUUACAAGGCCAAGUAUGGAAACUGAUGAUCGAUCGACGCAGAGAAUGAAUAAGACAAGAGAUUACCAUCAUUGAUUGAUAUAGAUUGUUGUAACUCAUAGCUAUGGAGUUUACACAAUUAUUGUAUUGCUUACGGAUGAUAGAAUAAAGGGACGCUGUCUAGUUUUCAAUCACAUGAAAAAUACUUGCAAAUUUUAGUCCUUUUUCAACGGUCUA